AUGUCCAAUGUACACGAAUAUUUCAAGCGUUCUUAUGAAGAUUGGAACAUUCGAGAAUUUCUGGAGGAGUGUAAUGUAGAGCCACUUGAACAAAAAAUUGAUUGUUAUAUUAAGAGUCUCCAAGAAAUUGUAAAAUAUGGAAACGAAAACGGUAAAAAAAGGGCACAGAGGUUGCUCGAUAGGUAUAAGAAGGGUUUCAAACCUGAUCGUCAAAUUGCGAGGAGUUGGGAUAAUGGAAGACAUAGAAACAAUGUAUACAUUCACAAACCGACAAUAUCCGGUGAGAGUAUCAGCGGGCUUAUAAAUAUGAACAACAAUGGAACUUUCGUUACUGGACCGUCUGAAAAAAUUAAUAUCAGAAGAUACCAUGGAGAAAAGGAUGGUCAGGAACAAAUAAAACGGAUAAGAUCAGAACGCCAACAAACGCCUGAAAAUAAGAUAUGUUCGUCCCUUUUUCCAAGAGUUGAG